ACCAAUAUUCCACAGAAAGCAGGUACUUCAGUGCCACCUCAAUCGCAGAUGCCCAUCGCAACAGUUGCCUCUCUGAUUGAGACUGGCCCUGUACUAACAGUCCAAAAUUUAGUGUGUACGGUGAACUUGGACUGUCCCACUGGACUUAAAAAUGAUAAACUUCCGUACUCGCAAUUCCGAGUACAACCCAUCAAGAUUCUGCGGAGUAGUCAUGAGACUGAGGGACCCGAGAGCAACAGCUCUGAUAUUCAGCUCUGGCAAGAUUGUCGUUACAGGUACCAAACAUGAGGCAAGCGCUCAUCUUGCAACAAGGAAGUUUGCUAGGAUCAUCCAGAAACUGGGAUUUAAGGUUAAAUUCCUUGAUUUUAAGAUUCACAACAUGGUCAGCACAUGUGAUUUACGCUUUCCAAUCCGGCUGGAGAAUCUCAACCAGAUGCAUGGCCAGUUCAGCAGUUACGAGCCAGAACUGUUUCCUGCUCUCAUCUACCGUAUGGUCAAACCAAGAGUGGUUUUGUUGAUCUUUGUUAACGGGAAACUUGUUAUCACAGGUGCCAAGACCCGAGAAGAAACUCAGGAGGCACUGGAUAACAUUCAUCCAAUCCUUAGAAGUUUCAAGAAACAGUAGACAUUUGUCGUUCUGAUACUAUGUGAAAUCUCUUAAGUGCAUAUUCUGGAUAAUAUUUAUCCAAACCUUAAAAGUCUCAAGAAAAAAUAGACAUUCGUAACAUCUACGUUUCCGUUUACACCGUGUCAAAACAUUACGUACAUAGUUAUAUCCUUAAAAUAUUUUAACCUUACUGUGCAGAGCCAUCCUCAGUCAACAGAGAUGUUAAACCGAAAAACUGUUUGUUUCAAUAUAAUUAAUCAAUUUUGAUAGCACAAAAUGUUUGUCAUGAUACCAUUUUACAAUAGACAAACACAGGUGCAUUUUCAGUUACUUUAAGUAAAAAUAAUCUACAACUAGAUUAUUAAACUUCUAAAAUACACUUUUUGAAGAUAUUCCUCAACAGAGUAAAAGCAUUUAUUUGUGAAAUGUGUUUAACGGUUUUUUAAUGUUUUAAAUUUUUGCAAUGAGAAAACUUAAUAUGACAUAAAACUGUGUUGGCUAAGGUUGACUGAAUAUAGCUCUCCACAAUGUGACUAAACUAAUUUAAUAAUGCAACCGUGUAAGCAAUAUUUUGACAUGGUGUGAACUGGAAAACUUAGAGGUUAGUGAUCACAUCACCCGCAUAAGCUAAGUAUGAACAGUGAUGUUUCUGCAAAUUACUUUUUGAUCUUGUUUGCUUAGGUAUACAGGAUGUUUCUGAAACUAUGUGAAACAAGUGCUUCAUUCCAGAGGUACAUGCCCAAAAUUAGCUUAUUAAGAUUUUUCUGUUUUUAUAAAAAUAAUUGUGUUUAUUGACAUUCGUUGAAAAUGUCAACAAGUAUAGGUGAAUUUUUUUCACAAUGUUUGUAUUAUGCUCUAUCUUCAAAAUUUUUCAGUUCAUCAACUGAGGAGUAACUUUUCACAUUAUAUCCUAAUUUUUUUUAACAUUUCAUUGUAGAGAAAAAAUUUUGUUUGUUUUAUACCCAUGGGUUACAAAUUUUGUUAUAUAAAGAUUUUUUUAAAUUUCAACAUGAGUUUUCCCUUUCAAUGUUAAUAGCAAUUCACCCAUAAAACCAGCCACAUGUUGUGUCUGACCAUAAUUAAAUUCUGCACAAAAAUUCUGAUGGUUACCAAAUUUUGUAAUCUUUUGUCAAGUAGUUUUGCUGGUAUAGUACAAUACAAAAUUUCUGUGUAAUUAUAAAUUGAUGGACUCGUAGCUUCAAAAAGAACGAUGAUAAAGUCUCUAUUAGACCUUCUACAAUAAUGAGAAUCUCGUAAGAAGUUUCGCAAAGGUUCAGAAACUUCCUGUUAGCAUAAACCGGUGAACCGUAUUUUAUAUUUCCUACUUAGAUUUAGUGUUGAUUGUUUAUAUAUUUAUUUUGUAUAUAAAUGUAUAAAAGCUAGAAAGUUUUUUACCAUUUAAUUGACAUUACUUUUCACAAAUACAAGAAGACUGAAAGUUCAGAGCAUUAUUUAAGUGAGACAGAUGUUGAAGUAGUUGUAUUUUUGAAUUAUUUAUACUACUAAAAUGUAAAUGUAAUGUUUAUAAAUUUUUUAUUGAUGUAUAUAUGUGCAGUAGAAGCUAAGUAAUAACUUCUGUGAUCUUAUUUGUACGACUUGUUAGUGUAUAAAUGAGUAAGGUGUUAAUGAUCUUUUAUCUUUUAUUGUUCUUUGAAGAAUUAUUUAUUAUGGGAAACUUUUGAAAUGCUCAUUGUGAGGAGAAAAAAGACCAGCCGUACAACAAAAAAGUUUUAGUGUUCUGGAGUAACUUUAAGAAAUCAGCUGUAUUCUUUUUAAGUAACUUUUUACUAGCUAUUUUUAAUCUAGACACUGCAAAGACAUUUUAUAAUUGGAUACAGUUCGUACCAGUAGUGGCAUUGUAGAAAUAUUGAUAUACCAAAUGAAGCAAUGUAAUUCUGUUCCAUAUAUGUUUUAUAUUUAAAAAACAAGAGUUGAAAUAAAUUGUAAUGUUUUUA